AAAUUCCAGACCCGAUCGAAUUGUUUAAGAACCGUGACCCAAAACCACAAAAUACCCAUCAAACCAGCAUUCACAAUUGCAAUCGAAAUCGAAAGGAACCCACUUUUGGCUACAAAAUUUUAAUCAUUCAAGCGAUUUAUGGAUGCUCUGUCGUGGGAUGGAACCCUCACGUCACGUGACUUUCUUGUUUCUGCACGUGCUUUUGCCGAGAAAUGGAAGGAAUUCAACUCUGCCUUCCCUCCAUGGACGUGGGUUCCUUGUCCUCCUAAAAAACCACCUUGCCAUCUCUCUCAGUUGUUGCAGCAGGGCUACUUGUCACUGGAGAAGAUAUGCCUUCCUGGGUCAAGCAAGAAAGGACACGUGGCUUCUCAAGAAGAUGUUAAUGAAAUAAGUCUUACUGAGGGAGAAGAGGAGUUUGAACCUGUUGAUAAUGCCACACUGGUUGAGACCAACAACAGUCUACAAGUAUGUUACUAUGAUUUCCAUAUUGUGUACAGCGAUUCGUAUCGAGUUCCGGUACUGUAUUUUCGCGGUUACUACAUCGAUGGUCAGCCUUUGGCAUUGGAUGAAAUUGAAAAAGACCUACCUGAAUGCUCAGCAAAGGUGUUACUGGAGUCAAAAUGGACAUUUAUAACUCAGGAGGAGCAUCCUUACCUGAACAGACCAUGGUACAAGUUGCAUCCAUGUGGUACCAGUGAGUGGAUGAAGCUGCUUUUCCUCAGCGAUGAUUCUCGGGCUAAAAAUGGAGUAGCAGUUGAACAAUAUUUGGUGUCUUGGCUUUCAGUUGUUGGUCAAGUGGUUGGUAUUAGAAUCCCUUUUGAAAUGCUGAACAAUCCUAAAAGUUGUAAUUGAACAUCUGUUCUAUGAACAAGAGUUGAAAAUGUUCAUGCAAAACUUGGAAAACUGGAAAAAUUCAGGAUCAAAUUAUGUACUUGUUCAUCCUUACAAUUACAGAAAAGCCUUUUCAA